CUUUGUUUGGAGAAUACAGUGGCUUAUGCUCAUGUCAACCGCAAAAAAAUUUUCGAGCCCGCGCCUGGUUAAAAGUUGCAGACUAGAGGGAAUAUUGUAUGUUUUCCUUCUCUUUAAUUUUGGUUUCCAAGAAUGGCCGGUACCGUCAGAAACUGUCGCAAGACCUCCACUGUCCCCAAGCGUCCCUUCGAGUCUGCUCGUCUUGACCAAGAACUCAAGUUGAUUGGUGAAUAUGGUCUCAAGAACAAGAGAGAAAUCUGGAGAGUUGGUUACACUCUUUCCAAGAUUCGUCGUGCUGCUCGUGAACUUUUAAAGUUGGAUGAAAAGGACCCUCGUCGUCUCUUUGAAGGUAACGCCUUGAUCCGUCGUCUUCUCCGUAUUGGUGUCCUCGACGAAAGCCGUAUGAAGCUCGAUUAUGUUCUUGCCCUCAAGAUUGAAGAUUUCUUGGAACGUCGUCUCCAAACCCAAGUCUUCAAGUUGGGUCUUGCCAAGUCUAUUCACCACGCCCGUGUCUUGAUCCGUCAACGCCACAUCCGUGUUGGUAAGCAAAUCGUCAAUGUUCCCUCUUUCAUCGUCCGUUUGGAUUCCCAAAAGCACAUCGACUUUGCCUUGACUUCUCCUUAUGGUGGUGGUCGUGCCGGUCGUGUCAAGAGAAAGAGAGCCAAUGCUGGUAGCGGUGAAGCUGCUGAAGAAGAAGAUGAAGAGUAAA